UGGGGGGGGGCGGCGCGGCCCAGGCUGCUGGCACAGAGGGCGGGGAGGGGCGGCGGAGGCGGCCGCCUCCCGACCCCGGCGGGCUGCCCCGGCCGGUGGGCGGCGCCGGGUGGUGAGAGGCAGGGGGCGCCUCUCCCGUCCGCCCGCCCCGGCCCCCCUCCCUGGGUGUAUAUAGCGGCGGCGCGGCGCGGCGCGAAUCCUGCGGCGGGCAAAAUGGCAGCCGCCGUCAGCACGCAACCCCCGCAGCCGCUGAAGCUGCCGCAGCUGCUGGAGCGGGACCCCUACCUGGCCCCCUUCGAGACGGACUUCCAGCGCAGAACUGGCUAGCUUCAGAAAGUGUAAAGUACUAAAUAUUCACAGAACAAUUCUGGUUUGAGGGGACCCCUGAAUGCUGUCUGUGUCCCAGCCUCCUGCUCAGAAUCAGCUACAACAGGAUACAGAACUGUGCUUCUGCUGUUUUACAAGACCUUCUAUGACAGGUAACCUUGUUCUGUGUCCAGAUGUGUUUAAUCUCCUGAGGUAUUCUCUGUUUUAUAAUCGCUUGAAGAACAUUGAAGAAAAUGAAGGAGGCCUUGAUAAAUUUUCAAAGAGUUACAAAACCUUCGGAGUUAACCAAUUUGUGGAUGGUGGAGUAUAUUGCAAAGAGUGGGCACCGGGAGCAGAAGCAGUGUUUCUCACAGGUGACUUCAAUGGCUGGAAUCCAUUUUCUCAUCCAUAUAAGAAGAUGGAGUAUGGGAAGUGGGAGCUAUUUAUUCCGCCUGGAGAAGAUGGUUAUCCUCCUGUGCCCCAUGGAUCAAAGCUAAAGGUGGUGAUUCGGGCUCAAAAUGGCGAACUCCUCUAUCGUAUUUCGCCUUGGGCAAGAUAUGUAGUCCGUGAUGAAGACAAAGUGAAUUAUGAUUGGGUACACUGGAAUCCACCACAGUCAUAUAUACGUAAGCAUCCUUCCCCCAAGAGAUUAAAAAGCCUAAGAAUCUAUGAAUCUCAUGUGGGGAUUGCUUCCCCAGAAGGGAAAGUAGCUUCUUAUAAAAAUUUCACAUACAAUGUAUUACCUAGAAUAAAGGAUCUUGGCUAUAACUGUGUCCAGCUGAUGGCUAUUAUGGAACAUGCAUACUAUGCCAGUUUUGGUUAUCAGGUCACAAGCUUCUUUGCAGCAUCAAGCCGUUACGGAACUCCAGAUGACCUGAAAGAAAUGAUUGACGUUGCUCACUCAAUGGGCAUUACUGUUCUACUGGAUGUUGUGCACAGCCAUGCAUCAAAAAACUCUGAAGAUGGUCUCAACAAAUUUGAUGGUACAGAUUCUUGUUUCUUCCAUUCUGGUCCUAAAGGAACUCAUCAGCUCUGGGACAGCAGGCUCUUUGACUAUGCAAAUUGGGAAGUUUUGAGAUUCCUUCUGUCUAAUUUGAGAAUGUGGAUCGAAGACUAUCACUUUGAUGGAUUCCGAUUUGAUGGUGUUACAUCUAUGUUGUAUCACCAUCAUGGGAUUGGCACAGGGUUCAGUGGAGAUUACAAUGAAUAUUUUGGCCUACAUGUGGAUGAAGAUGCUUUGUGUUAUCUAAUGCUGGCCAACCACAUGAUUAAGUUCUUGCAUCCGGAAUGCAUAACCAUAGCAGAGGAUGUUUCUGGGAUGCCAGCUCUCUGUCGUCCUGUUGCAGAGGGAGGAGGGGGUUUUGAUUAUCGUCUAGCCAUGGCGAUUCCAGAUAAGUGGAUACAGAUAAUUAAGGAGCUGAAAGAUGAAGACUGGAAUAUGGGCAACAUUGUGCAUACAUUAACAAACAGACGGUAUGAAGAAAAAUACAUUGCAUAUGCAGAGAGUCAUGACCAGGCGCUUGUUGGUGAUAAGACAUUGGCGUUUCGACUGAUGGAUGCAGAGAUGUAUACAAACAUGAGUGUGCUCUCGCCUCUUACUCCAGUUAUUGAUCGUGGAAUACAGCUUCAUAAAAUGAUUCGUCUCAUUACUCAUGCACUUGGAGGAGAGAGCUAUCUGAACUUCAUGGGUAAUGAAUUUGGACAUCCAGAAUGGCUUGACUUCCCCAGAAAAGGGAAUAAUGAGAGCUACCACUAUGCCAGAAGACAGUUUAAUCUUACUGAGGAUCAUCUUCUUCGCUAUAGAUUCCUAAAUGCAUUUGAUAGAGAUAUGAAUAAAUUGGAGGAAAGAUUUGGCUGGCUUGCAUCUCCCCCGGCCUUUGUGAGUGAAAAGCAUGAAUCCAAUAAGGUCAUAGCAUUUGAGAGAGCAGGUCUCAUUUUUAUUUUCAACUUCCAUCCGUAUCAAAGUUACGUGGACUACAGAGUGGGUAUUGAAACUCCAGGAAAGUAUAAAAUCCUUCUGGAUUCUGAUGCUGCGGAAUAUGGAGGGCAUCAAAGGCUGGACCACAGUACAGAGCACUUCUCUGAAGAAUAUCCUCACAAUUAUCGACCUAAUUCACUUAUGCAAUCCAAUUCACAGACCACCUUCAGCCAACACCCUAGAAGAUGCCACAAGCACCACAUAGAGGUGUACAUUCCAAGCAGAGUGGCUAUUGUGCUUCAGAAUAUGGAUAUCCCAAAAUGAAAUUCUCUGUAACUAUCACUGAAGAAGCAAGUCAUAGAAGAAGUGCUGAUACGCUGUGCUAGUACUAAGUAUAACAAAACUUGCUCUAAGGAAGCUUUCUGAAACUGAGUAUAGUAAUAUUAGGUGUUUAAAAUGUAAGAUUAAUAUUCACAUAUAAUUGCAGAGCUCUU